CUGAGAAUGAACGUCACAGCUGACUGCCAUCACUCCGUGGCCUACUACAGGUUAACAGCCUGUUAUUCACUCUACUGCUUCGAAGGCCUUUUCUUCCUGUUAAGAUGAAUUAUUGUGAGGAAUAGCUCGGAAUGAAAAGUUGUGUGAUUGUGGUGAGAGACAAGUGUCUGACUAGUGGACUUCAUUUUGUGAACAUUCACUUGGCAAUUGAAAAAUUAAGCGAGAGAACAACGCGUCCGGGUUAGACAUGGCGUAGGCCUCGAUGCCGACUAACCUGAUAGUGGGGAUGGCUAGGUUAGGUAUCCAGUCUGACACGUAACCAGCCAAGUUGAUAUCGCUGAUUGUUUUUCGGAGUUAACUAUUAAAAAGGAAUCAAUUAUGGCACGUUAUUUUCGUGAAGAGGACAUAGAUGAAUUCCGAGAAUGCUUCUAUCUAUUUGCCCGAAGCGGGCAAAUUCGAACUUUGGACGAGUUAACUAUUAUUAUGAGAUCCCUUGGCCUGAGUCCCACUAUUGCUGAAUUGAACAAGUAUCUCAAAGACAAAGGUGGUAAGAUGUCGUUUGCUGAUUUCUUAGAAGUGAUGCAUCUUCAAACGCGAGCAGAAAACCUUCCAAACGAGGUGAUAGAGGCAUUUCAAGCAGCGGACACUUCACGAAGUGGUUCUAUACCAGCACGGCAGCUGGCUCACAUGCUUUUGAAUUGGGGAGAGAAAUUGAGUAGCAAAGAAGUCGAACAAAUCUUCAGGGAAGCUAAUGUCUCUCCUAACGGACAAGUGAAAUACGAGGAUUUCGUAAAAAUCGCUUGCGCUCCAGUUCCAGAUUAUUAUUAAACGGUCAAACAAGUUUAAUACAUUCCACACUGGCAGUAUUACACAAUUUUUUGAUAACUUAUAAAACUCGGUUGUGGUGUUAUUGUACCUCUAUUGUACACAGUUGAAAUAAAUGGAAUAUAUUUUUCAACAUU